GAAAUGUCGGAAGCACAUGGUCGUAGUUUCCAAAGUGGCCACUUUUCCCGCUGUAGCGUUCUUUUCGAGUAGAAUUUUUUCCUACGACAAUGACUGAAGGAACGGCUACAAUUAGGACCAGAAAAUUUAUGACCAACAGGCUGUUGGCUCGUAAACAAAUGGUCGUAGAUGUCCUACAUCCGGGACAACCUUCCGUUAAGAAAACGGACAUUAGGGAAAAACUAGCCAAAAUGUACAAAGUUACACCUGACGUAGUCUUUGUAUUUGGAUUCAGGACGAACUUUGGGGGUGGCAAAUCCACAGGUUUCGCUCUUAUUUACGACACUUUAGAUUUUGCAAAGAAAUUUGAACCUAAGCACAGGCUGGCCCGACACGGUUUAUAUGAAAAGAAACAGCAGACCCGUAAACAACGUAAAGAACGUAAGAACAGGAUGAAGAAAGUGAGGGGUACCAAAAAGAGUAAAGUUGGUGCUGCUUCUAAGAAGGGUGGCAAGAAAUAGAUUCAUCUAUUUCUAGUAAUUCCAAUGAGUGCUGGGAUCUCCGUGUUUCGCAAUACGAAAGGGGUCCAAUACAAACGUUUUAUGUAUUUAACAUCAUUUCCAUAAAAUAUAUUUAAGUGUUUAUAAAGACGAA